CCUGGCCCGGCCGGUGGAUAGAUUUUACCGGAUCGAUCACACUCACGUAUGUAGCCAAAAGGCAAGUUAGCUGCUACUGCUAGCAGCAGGCAACCGACUCCACUCCACGUUAUUAAUUCCAAAAAUUUCCAAUCCUGUCAUAUGAGAGAGAUGAGCAGGCCAUCAUCAUAAUAGCUACCCUCGCCGGAACGGUGGUGGUGGUAAACCGUCCGUGACCGACCCCCCCGUUCCGUUCAAUUCUCUCUGCUCACUGCUCACUGCUGCUGCAUCCAUGAUCAAUUGAUCAUGAUGGAUCCAUCGUCAUCCCCUCGUGCUCCGCUGCUACUGCCUGGCUGUGUAGCAGCAGCUGCAUGCGCGUGUAGUGCACUGCAGGCGGCGCUUCACCGAGUGGCCGCCGGCCGGCCGGCCGCCCUAGCUAGCUAGCUAUAUAAGACGCAGCAAAGAUUGCCCUCCAAAUCCAAACACCUACCCAUCUCCAUCCUACACUCCACCAACGGCUGCCUCUAGCUAUAGCAACCAUGGCGCCAACAAGCAGCAGGCCACCACCACACGCAUGGAAGACCUGAGAGAUGUGCCGACGCCGACCGACCGAUCCAUCCAGAGCCACUGCUUUCCUGCCUCUUGUAUGGUCGUACGUCUUCCUUCCUCCACUGCACCGGCCGAUCCUCCCAUCCCUUGCGUCGUCGCCGCCGUCGUCGUCGUUCUCGUCACUAGCCUAGCCACCUAGCCAGCUAGCUUACAGCCCUGUCACUGUCACUGCCUAUACUAUAGCUUCUCGGUUCCCUUCCCAUCGAGUAAGAACAAGGUCGCCGUCGCUCCAGGCAAACCCAUCCAUCCCGCACGGUUGCACCGUCGCGCUCGCGCCAUUAUCUAUCACAGCUAGCACUGUCUGUCGGUCCUCCUCCUCCUUCGGAGCCAAGCCAAGCGAGCGAGCAGGUCCGCCGUCCGCCGAUCGGCCAUGAGCGUCAAGCAGACACCGUCGUCGUCCACGGCGGCCGCCUUCUACGCGACGCUGGCGCGCGGCCUCGACGACCUGGACCGGGCGCUGGCGGCGGCGUCCUCGUCCUCGUCGGCGUUCCUGUCGCUGCCCACGCUCCGCGCCGCGCUGGCGCUGCUCCACGCCGCGCACGCGGGCCUGGCGCGCCUCGUCGCGUCGCUCCACCUCCCGGGGGGCGCCGCCUGGCUGGACGAGUACAUGGACGAGGCGUCGCGCCUCUGCGACGCGUGCCGCGCGCUGCGGCUCGGCGCCGCCGCCGUCGAGGGAUACGCCGGCAGCGCCGCCCAGCUCGCCUCGCUCCUCAUGCAGGCGCCCUCGAGCCCGCACCUCUCGAGACAGGUGGCGCGUGCGAUCAGCGUGUGCAGGCGCGAGGCCAUGGCGCUCAAGGAGGAGAACCGCGCGCUGGUGGAGACGCGCGCGGAGGCGCUGGCGCUGCGCCUCAGCGAGGGCGUCCCCGCCGACGCCAAGCUGGGCGGCUUCAACGGCUUCCGCGGCGUGCUGUGCGCCACCCGGAUGCUCACCUCCUUCCUGCUCACGCUCCUCUCCUGGGGCGUGCUCCACUACUGGCCCGCCCCGAACGCGGGCGCCGCCGGGGACUGCGCCGCCUACUUCGGGGCCGCGUUCGCGUCGGCGCUGUCCCGCGCGCAGCAGCGCGCCGCGGCGGAGGCCGGCAGGUCCGUGGCCGCGCCCGGCGGCGCCGGGGUGAUGAUGCACGAGUUCCGGCGCGCGCGGGCGGCGGUGGAGGACGCCAAGGACGCCGUCGAGCGCGGCGGCGACGUGGCGGCGGCGGCCGCGGAGGUGGGCCUGCGCGCGGGCGCGCUCCGCGCCGCGUGCGAGGACGUGCUGGCGCUCAUCGACGACCUGUUCGACGAGGUGGUGGAGGCCAGGAAGAAGCUGCUGGACCUCUGCAGCGGCGGCAACUGAUCCGACUCACCGGCGCACGCACACGACGAUGACGAUGUGAGCUGAUGCUUCGCCGUUCGCGUCGCAAUGGCGAGAGGAGGCCAUGGUUCUUUACCUACUCCUUGCGUUCGUUCUUCCUUCCUUCCUCGUCGAAUGUUUCUCCUUGCUUCUUCUUCCCUGUAGCUCGAUCGAUAGCAGUCCUCUACGUACUCGGGCAUGACGAUGUCUUAUUCAUAAAUGCAAAUCUGAAUGCAACCAAAGAAAAAAAGUUGGGAACUGCUAGUCUGCUACUGACUGAUAAUCCUAGUCCUAGGAUGUGAUGAAGCGAUUAAGGUUAGCUUGUCUCGCAGUUUGACAUGCCAUGAUCAAUGUAAACAAAUGGUGACCUAUGA